CUUUAGUUUACAUGAGUAUUUAUCAAAUAUUACACACAUAUUUUUACACACACAUUAAUUAAUCUCCUAUCAACAAGGCAUUGUAAUCUCUUUCUUUUCGGACAUCUUAAUAUUACUGCAUUCAAAAGAAUAUAAUUUAUCAUAAGAGAAACUAUUAUUAUUAUUUUGAGAUUAUACAAUAUUCAUGUGGAAAUAUUUUAUUUUAAAAUAAACAAACAAAAAGAGUACUGUUUAUGCAAUACAAUGUGAAAAUUCAUGUGUACAAUUAACGGUCACAUUCAACUGGCGCGUUUUAAAAACUUACUAUAUUCGAUAGAUGAAAUUCACCUACUACUGUUCAGUUAAACUAUCUCAUUUUUAUUAUAUCAAAAGAUUUCAUGUAUUCUGAAACAGAAAAAUUAGUUAUUCAACAUCUUACAGAUAUUGAUUGGCCACAUGGACCACCAGAUUUUUAUAUUAAAGGCUCAUCUUAUGCAGUAACUCAAAGUCAACUGAGAGAAUUAGAAAUUGCCUCAGGACUGAAUAAUAUCAACUCAUCGGAUCCAACUUAUCAGUUACCAUUUUAUCAAAAAACGGAUGAACCAUUUCAAUAUUGGGCAAUGAUACUGUUGAUCUUUCCUUUGGUUACUGUUUUUGGUAAUGUGUUAGUUGUAUUGAGUGUUCUUCGAGAUCAAAGCCUGCAUACUGCUACAAAUUAUUUUAUUGUCAGUUUAGCUAUUGCAGAUAUCAGCUUGGCGAUUAUUGUUAUGCCUGUAGCCAGUUGGGUUGAGGCUGAUAAUGGAAAAUGGAGAUUUGGCACUGUACUUUGUGAUAUAUUUAUUAUGUUUGAUGUACUUUUGUGUACAGCCUCUAUCUUGAACUUAGCAGCUAUCAGUAUGGAUAGAUAUGUGGCAGUGACUAGACCAAUAACUUAUGCUCAACACAGCAAAAAUAUCCGUGUGGGGAUUACUAUAGCUAUGACGUGGUUAUUAUCCUUUCUAAUAGCAUUACCCAUAGCAUGUGGAUUAAAUAAUGCGCCUUAUCGAAAUUUAGAAGUAUGCGUUAUGUAUAUUCCAGAAUAUAUAAUUGCCUCAUCAAUUGGUUCUUUUUAUGUACCGUGUACAAUUAUGAUUGUUCUAUAUUAUCAAGUAUUUAAAGCAAUUCGAUCAAGAACUAAACGAUCAGAACUUAUAAGUAUUAGAAAUCAAGCCCAAAGUUAUGUUAAAAAUCAUAAAAAUACAAAUCAUAAAUCAGUUGUAGAAACAAGUGGUAGGCUAAUACAUCCGAGUUCUGCACCCGAAACAAUGACAUACUUAACUGUAAUUAAUCCUCAAGCAUUUGACUGUCAAUCCAGUGGUAUCGGUUCAUAUGCUGACUCUAGCCGGAUUACAAAUUUAUCCUUUUGUACAGAAAAUCAUCAUAUUGCCACGGAAAACGACGUGAAUGAUGUAAUCCAGGUGGAUAAAGCUGACUCUACAAUCGCUUCGAGUAAUGCCUCACCAUCCUCAUCAACGAAAAUAGGCAUGGAUUUACCUGAAUGUGAAGAAAUGAAUCAUGAUAAUAAUAAUAACGGUAAUACUGAUAAACCACAACCUACACUUAUAAUAGUUAAUUCUGAUUGUGUUGUUAACUCCUGUGAUAUGCACACCCCAUCAACUGAUUCAACAAUAAAACCUUCAGGAAGAAAUUCAACUGCUGAAACAACAAAUCAACAAAUCAAUAACAAACAAACAUCACAAACAGAAUUUAGAAAUAUGGAAGAUUUUCGGAAACAUUUAAAAAAUCGUAUAAAACAGGCCAAACGCAGUAGUCUGUCUUUAAUAACAGCACAUACCUUUACAGGAUUGUCAAGUAAGCAGGUGUAUGCAUUAAAUACAAAUAAUAUAUCAAAAAAAUCAUCCAAGAGUAGAUUAUUAUCAUUUUCUUCUACAUAUGGUAGAAAAUUUCAACGUUUAAAAUCUUUAGUCUCUUGUGAUUUAUCAAAAUCAUUCCCAGAAAAAAUAAAUGAUGAACAUCCAUUGAGAAAAUCCAAAUAUAUUUCUAGAAGCAGACAUAUUAAGCCUCGGUACAAAGAAAGAGAAGCAUCACAUAGUGAAAUUGGUUCAGCUGGCAGUAUCAUAAAUUUUACUUAUUCAUUUACAAAUAGAUGUGGAAAUAAUAUGACAUUAAGAGAUAGUGUUGCUGCUAAACGUGAAAGAAAAGCUACCAAAACACUGGCAAUUGUUCUAGGUGUAUUUCUUGUCUGUUGGAUGCCAUUUUUCACAGUGAAUAUUAUUCAUGCAUUCUGUUUUAAACAUGAAUCUCUGAAACAAUCCUCAUUAUGUCAUAUGCCAGAUUAUGUAAAUAGUAUAAGUAUAUGGCUUGGUUAUGUGAAUUCAUUUCUUAAUCCAAUUAUUUAUACAAUAUUUAAUGUGGAAUUUAGAAAAGCUUUCAAAAAAUUACUUUAUUGUUAAGCCGUCUUUACAUGAAUACUAUUCAUUGCAGGAAAUGUGUACACAAUUCUAAAAUUGGACAGAUACCUACUUCUGCAUGUGUGUAAAAUAAAACUGUAUUUUUCAUACGCGUAUGUACUUACAUAUAUAUAUAUGCCUAUAUAUAU